AUGAAGUAUGAGAAUAUGGAACCUUUCUCUUCUUCUGUGAAAGCAAGGCGAGAAAUUUAUGCAAAAAGUUUUUCGGUAUUUUGGGUAUUUUCAGACAUUAUAUUUUUCAGUUUGGAAGAGGCGUUGUCAUGUAUUCUGUCACCUAUUACAUAUUCUCCGGAUGCCACUAGCUCGACAUCAGCUACAGAAACAUAUGGCAAUCUACCGACAAAAACUGAAUUUAAUGAAUUUAACGAUGUGAUCAAUGAAGAUGUUCGUAAUGCUAUGCAUGUCAACAUUUGUUUGAUACUGAAUAAACUUACGGGACCGCAUUACAACUAUUCGAGACGGGAUACUUCUACCCCUGUCUUGAUACUGUUUACGGGCAGUAAACUUCAAUAUUGUGUACUUUCCACCUAUGAUACCACUGCUCGGCAAGCAAAUGACGAUCCUAAUUCCCGCAAUCCUCUCAUAAUUUCAGUGGUGAACGAAGCAUUGCAACAAUCCAAGGAUGCAAAUCCGGGUGCUGAGAAUAAUAAUAUCCGUUCACGUGUUUCAUCUUCCCUAUGA